CUGAGAGCGGCUAAACAGUGAAUCAAAUGAUGGCAGCAAAUAUUUCUACAAGCGAUUUGGAAGACAUUUUAAGGAUUGGUCCCGUGGCUUUCCGGGAGAGAUGAUGAAAUCAUGGAUGACACUGUACAACCAGAAACAGAAACAGUCCAACAGCCUGUAAUUAUUGAAGCUGAGCAAGAGGUGGUCAAAUCGAGCAGCAGUGGACUCAAUAAGAACCUGCUACGCUGCUUGCUACUGGUGUUACCUGUAGCUAUACCUGUAGUGAUCUACUUACGAGACGUUGCUCCCACGCGUCGCAUCUUUCUCACCACUUUUGUGCUGUUGUUGGUUGUCGUUUUCUCCUGUAUGUUGAUGGCACUGCUGCGGGCUCACCGGCGCCAUCUGGAGGAUGCCAUGUCGGAUAGUGAGAUAACACGGGAGCUUGCGCAACAUCACAUAUUGUCUAUGACAAACCGCUUUUUACCACGAAGAUCAGCUUGUGGCACGCAUGAAAUUCACUCUUAUACCCACACCCCUGUACAUUAUCAUCUUGCACCCCACUACCAUAGUCGUUCUCCAUCCCCGCAGGUGCCUCACUCCCCAGUUUCUCUUGACUCUCCGCUCUCUCGCUCUCCUUCUUGUCGCCAACAUUCGCGCUCACCCUCUCUUCGUCAACCUUCACGCAGUUCUUCAGUACGCCAGCAUUCGUCCAGAUCCCCUCUCCAUCGGAACUCGAGAUCCCCUUCCCCUUACAGAACUCGCCGAUCUUUUCGACGACAUUCUUCAAGUUCUCCUCCGCGUCGGGUCCAGUCGACCAGCCGCCUACCGCGGUCGCCUUCUCCUUAUCGUGCAGCACUGUCUCCGGCAUCUUAUGUGGACCAACUAACGCCUCCUGUCGUUCAUCCAGGUCGAUCCCGCUCGCUCUUCUUCUCGGUUCACGUAAACUCUACACAAGUGCACGUUCAGCCUCCCACCAGGGAUGAUCCACCACCCUACGAAGUAGCUUUAGGAUGUCCUCUGGCUACUGUCCGUAGUCCUAGAGAAGGUGCCUGUAAUCCACAAGCUGAAACUCCGCCUCCUAGCUACGAUAAAGUAUUAAACUAGAGAUUAAAUGCUCUUUACCGAUAAUCGGUAUCGCAUGAACUCACGCUCGACUGUUUUACGAAGACCAAUAUUUCUUGUAAGUGCUCAUUAGUGUGGAAAAAUAGUUUGCUCUGGACUCCGAUCAGCUUUAAAAACUUGAAGAUCACAAACGUGUUGCUGGUCAAAAGGAAAUGUCUUUAUUACGAUUUGUUUUUGUGGUAAAAAAUAACGCAGAAAUUGUAUUCAAAACUUGCGUAUAUGCGCUCUUUGAUCAGCUACAAUAUUUGAAAGUCAUAUUACUUCGUGAUUAUAUCCAGUGAAAGUACUUUACGCAAACAAAUACAGUAAUAUUACUAACUACAUAUAUUGUAAUACUGUUUCUUGGAAUUUAAAGUGAUAAAAACAUACACACACAAAACAAAACAUUUAUAAUGCUUUGUGUGUGAUAGAAAUUGCCUGAACUUGGAAAAUAGGAAAAAAAUCAUGGUACGACAACCAGAUACUGUAUAAAAAUUCCUAUAGUGGCUGGAACUUGCUCCAGACGUGGCUUAAAAGUGUGUUGCUCAUAGUUUAUUUCGGCUGAUCAAUGAUUAAUCACUAAAAGUUUCCAACGACUUUUUUUAAAGGUUUCAAAGCGUUAGAUACUAAUCUUUGAAAAAUCAAUAGGUAAAAAUAAUUAGUAUUUUCCAGAGUAAUGUUUUUGUUAUACAAUGUUUGUAUGAGAUGUUAGAGUGAAUUUAAAAUGGUAAUGAAAUUCUUAAUUAACACGAUAUUUGUUAGAAGCAAUCUUUGACCAUUUACUGUGUUACAAAGCUUUAAUAUUUUUAUCUAUAUUAAAGUACAGUAAUUUAAAUUA